AUGGGAAAGGUCCAAAUCAGGAGCCAAUACAUCAACAUCAACAUCAACAUACACAAUACCAACAAAGACAAUGACGACGACUACAACGACAACGUCAACGACAACCACAUGUACAUCAACAAUGACCCUUCAUUAUAUACAACUAUUGGAUCAUUGUCUAGUAGAGACUUUCCAGUAUCACCAUCACUCACUCAUCUGGUGUUGGAUGGCUCGGUGACAUCGCUUCAGACACUCAAGUUUGGUACACUGUUCAAUCAACCGAUCACUCCAGGUUGUUUGCCAAGUUCAAUCACAUCCUUAAAAUUUGGUGAUCGAUUCAAUAAGGCAUUGAGCUUAGAGGCUUUCCCUUCAUCACUUACUUCGCUUGAAAUUGGAACGAGCUUCGACCAUUCAUUGGAGGGAGUGCUGCCGUCGUCACUGCGAACGUUGGUGCUCCUGACUGGUCAUUGCGAACUCAGGCCAACAACGCUGCCACGAUCGCUCACAAGUCUCAUGGUCGGGCCGACGUUCAUGCAGUUCCUCGUCAAGGAUGUGCUGCCCCCAACUCUUAUAUCAUUGACGUUCGAUCGAGACUUCAACAUGCCAUUGUUGGCUGAUGUCCUACCUUCCUCGCUCACUCAUCUCACGCUGGGCUUGCACUUUGGUUCGGAACUAGUGUUGCCGCCAUCAGUCACACAUCUUACCAUUGGAUACUUUAGUCAGUUCAAGUAUGUUCAGAGCACAGUACGAAUGGUUGAGAUAUCCUACGUCAUAGGUGUACAUCAACUCAAUAACUAUCCGAUCCCUAAGCUGCCUGUAACGAGAUUGGAUACACUAUUACUUCAUGGGAAGUGUUUGGAUGAUGGUGAUCUACGUGAAUCAGCUACAUUUGCCAAGGACGUUGCCAAGACCAUACCAAAAGUAUCAACAAUAUGUAUUGAACUUGAUGCACGCAAGUCUUCAUCAUCAACAAUCAUCCGAACAAUCUUUGAUAGUGAUAGUUGUCAAACUGUUGGAGCAUGGUGCGUUACCUCUGGCAAGCCUAAAACCUAUAUGAGAGGCUAUUAUCUAAAGCUUACAUGA